CUAGAACAAUACUUUGUCUACUUUCAGAGUUGCAGACAUUUCGGAGGAGGAGUUAUGAUCGUGUUGUUGCGGGGAAAUAGCGGCGGCGAGGAACAAGAGGCGGCGGCGAAUUAAUUAAUGGAAGAAGCUACGAUCACCGUCGUCCGUUCUUGCGUUUUCAUCUUCGGAUUUUACUGCUGGGGCUGGGAAUUCCUCACCGCUCUCCUUCUCUUCCGCAGCUCUUUCUAAAUCCUUAAUUCUCCUAUAAAUUUUCUGGGUAGCGCUAGAGUGUUUUUUUUUUUUUUUUUUUUUUUUGGGUUCCACUUCAGAUUCCGCCUUGCGGUUUAAGUCGCCGGAGAAUAGAAUGUCGCAGAGGACUGUUCCGGCGCCGUUUCUGACGAAGACUUUCCAACUGGUAGACGACCCGACCACCGACGACGUGGUGUCGUGGAACGACGGCGGCGACACCUUUGUGGUCUGGAAAACGGCGGAAUUCGCCAAGGAUUUGCUGCCGAAUUACUUCAAGCACAACAACUUUUCCAGCUUUGUCCGGCAGCUCAACACCUAUGGCUUCCGAAAGAUUGUGCCAGACAAAUGGGAGUUCGCGAAUGAGAAUUUCAAGAGAGGUCAGAAAGAGCUUCUCACAGAAAUCCGACGGAGGAAAACUGUGGCGUCUGCACCCGUCACUGGAAAAUGCAACUCCUCGUCACCCGAGAACUCUAGCGACGAACCUAGCUCGAGUUCCACCUCGUCAUCGAACACGAAGAACCCCAGAUCAGGGAAGCCACAGUUGGAGGAUUUGACAGAUGAGAAUGAGAAGUUGAAGAGAGACAACGAGGUGCUGAGCUCCGAGCUCGCGCAGACCAAGAAGCAAUGCGACGAGCUCGUGGCUUUCCUGACUCAGUACGUUAAGGUCGCCCCCGAUGAGAUCAACCGCAUCAUGACCCAAGGAACUCGGUCCAGCCACAGCGGUUUUGAUGGUUCAUCAGCUGAUUUAAACUCAAAUGACAGCCAGGACAGCGACAACGAACAUGGCGAGAGUUUGAAGUUAUUCGGGGUGCUGCUGAAAGAGAAGAAGAGAAAGCGGAGCUUCAGUGGAAACAUCGAAUUUCCCAGUGCUCAUAGGAAAAACGCACCAUGGAUGAAAAUCUCUUCAGCACCUGGAGACACCAGCAAGGUCUGUAACUGAUAGAAUAAAAUAAAGCUGUUUUGCAACAAGUUUGUAGUUCGAAACAUGAAUCUUUUCGCAAUGUUGUUUAAUGCUAUACUAUUCGAGGAUGUGCAUUAGAUAAAUAUUGCAUUGUCAUUUUAGCUA